AUGAGGUCCCUGGUCAGCAGCUCGCAUCUCCAACUAGCUGCCUUUCCUCUGGGAACAGUAGGCUGGAUCUUGUGCACUAUUUCCAUGGGACUUGUGGACUGGAGAGUGUGGCACGUGGACAACACCACUGUUAUCUCCUCUGGUGUUGCCUGGGUGGGAAUUUGGAAAGUCUGCUUUAUCAGUUAUCUUUACGUCUCACCUGGCUAUGAAGAACAGUUCUGCCAUAAAUUCAAGGCAUUCGACUCCUUCGUCCCGCGUGAAAUUUAUGCUGCUCAAGGUCUCCUGUUGGUUGCCAUGAUCUUGGGUUUGGUGGCACUGACUGUCACAGUAUUUGCUCUGAGAAAUAUUUAUAUGGGAAUAGCUGACAAAACUAUUGUCCGUUUCUUCCUGGUUGGUGGCUUCUUCUUCAUAUUUUCUGGUUUGUGUGUCCUGAUCCCGGUGAGUUGGAAUUUCUAUUCUGUAGCACACAACGAGAGCAUUGCUUUUCCUCCCUCUUACCACAUGCCCUCCAGUCCGGUGUCACAGGAGGUUGGUGCUGCAAUUCCUGUCGGGAUUAUAGCUGUAAUCCUGCUGCUGCUAAGUGGGACAUUUUCUCUCUCAUACAUACCUCCUGUAAUCUCAAACACUAUCACGCAAUUCUAA